CUGUGUGUCACACAGGAAAUAGUGGCAUUUCUCAGCACUGAAGAACUGAAUAUGGCUAUGCUCAAAGUCCUCAUACUUAUUUUGAUUUUUAACCAACAUGUUACUGGUUUGACAUGCAAAACAGGCGAAAAAGUAUCCCGUAAUGGAAAUGGAUGUGAACCCUGCAAACCAGGCUCUUAUCAGGAUCAUGAAAAUACUUCAAAAUCUUGUAAAGCAUGUAGAACGUGUGACACUAGUCAUGGUAGUGAGAUUAAACAGCAUUGUACCAGAUUCACAAACACAAGAUGUGCGUGCCGUGAAGACUUUGUUCUAUGGGACAGUGAUUCUUCCAACUGCAAAUGUGCUGAGGGAUUUAAACGAAUAGGAGGAGAAUGUAAACGAUGUGAAGAAGGAUUUUUCAUUACAUCUCAAAACUCAGACUGUAAAAAAUGGAAAGAAUGUAAAUCAGGGGUGAAAAUCAGUGGAACUGCAUCGUCAGAUGCCAUCUGUAAUGAGCCAAACAGUGAUAUUUACAGCACUACACUUCCCACAUCAAACACAAUUACUACUCUCCGAGGUUUAAUAACUCAACGUCCACAUGAGGGGGCCAAAACUCAGGGGAUGGAUACUACUACUACUCCACGAGUGGCCACUUCCACAAAGAAAGUGCUUCCAACUCCUGUAUAUCCAGGCAACCCCAUUGGUAUGGCCCUCCUUAUUUUCGGAAUUGUCGGACUAGUUGUACUAACUGUUGUGACCUGCAAGCUGCACAUCACUGACUGCUGGCACAAGCAAAAAACAGUACAACCAAUGGACUCCUUGUGCCGCACGCCAGUUGAGGAAAGCUGUAAUGAAAGCCAGACCCCGCUCAAGUCAGACUACAUGGAACCUUGAAGUUAAACUUGUUAUUUUUUUUCAUUUAGGCAUGAAAUACACAGCUGAACCUUUGACUCAGGUAAUCGUUAUAUCAGUAUUUUUCCUUACAGUGUUGCUUUUGUAUUAGAAAUACAUCAUCAAACUAUUUACUAUAUCUGUAUUGUUACAGGUGUAUUUUCAAGUCAAUAUUUGACUUUUGUUUGUUCUGUUUUAGUAGAAUCGUGAAUUAUCACAAACAUAUUGCAAGCCUCUUACCUCACUUUUUAAACUGUGAAACAGCAAGUAGUAAACAAUAGUUUUCACUACUUGAACUGUUGUAAAUUGACCAUAAUAUUAUUUUUAUUAAUAUUAUUAUGUUGCUCAAAGAAAUCUGUAUAAUGUUAGUAUUGAUCAACAUUUUCUAUAUGCAGAUUUUUGCACAGUGACCUGAGCAAUCAUGCCACUAAA